UUCAUUUCUAAUCCUUUUUCUUCUUUUUAAAAAAAAAAAAAUUUAAUUACACACCCACCACCACCACCCCAACUUUUUCCCAUCUCUGUCGCUCUCCUUGUCCCCAUCUUUUUCCCAUCACCCAAACAAAUCUCAAAUUUUCUAUUAUCUUAGCAAAUCUAAUCUUUACAUAUUGUCCACUAUAUAACCCCCAACCCCUCCGACCCACUUCCUCACUCAUACUUUAUACCACCCCUUUCUCUCUCUUCACACAAUCCUUAAUCUCUCUCUCUCUCUCCCUCUCUCCUUUAAGGACAUAAUCCUUGCCUUUGGAUUUUUUCUGUCCCCUUUGAAACUAAGCAAAUCACGAUUUUUCUCUUUCCUCUCAUUGGCUCUCUCUCUCUCUCUCUCCCCCCCUAAUGGACAAUUGUGAUAUUAACAAGAAGCGAGUCCGCGACGCCGACUUGGAAGCCAACUCGGCCGAGUCAAAGCGAGUCCGAGUCGUCUCGGAAGAGUCGGUCGCUGUCGUUGUGCCGUCGGAUUCGCAACUCGUUCGAGUUGACUCGGUCAACUCGGAUAUAAACUCGGUCGAGUCUGUUCUUGACUCGUCCGAGGCCGGGCUUCUCCAAGACGACCUACUCAGCAUCCUCGACGAGUCGGAGUCACCGGUGAUUCAAGGCCUUGAUUCAGUUAUUAGAAGCUUCGAGGAAGAGAUUUCCCAGCCGGUGCCGGAAAUGCAGGUGACGUCGGAUUCCGGCCAGUCUCAACCGGAGCUGGGUUACCUUCUCGAAGCUUCGGACGACGAGCUGGGCCUCCCGCCGACGGCCGUAGAUUUCGAAGAGGCGAAGAUCGAGGCCGUUGUUUUUGAGAGUUCAUCAGACGGCGUCGUUUUGGAUGGGAAUAGCGGAAUGCUUCUGUUUGAAGAUGAGAUUCCGAGUUACGACUCGUUCGAGUUCGGAAUCGGCGCUGAGUUGGACGGCCGAAGCGGCGAUUUUGGCGGUGAGUACGUGGCGUUGGGUGGUUUGUUCGAUGGCUGGGAUGGGAGUUAUGAAAACGGUGCUGUGUCGGAGGUUUCGUGGCGGACGGAAUCUUUGCGGGCUAUGUAGAAACGUUUCUACGCUAACCGGAUUUUGUAGGUGUAAGCUGGGACGUUUCGUGACAUGUAAUAGCUUUGUUUCUUUUUAGGGUAGGUUGUAUAAACUGGAAAAAGAAAAAAAAAAUUUGUGAAGUUAACUAUAACUGUUCGUUUCUUUCUUUUUUUUUUUUUUUUUUUCCUGAAAAUCUGAUGAGAAAAUGUUGAUUUCGGAAAACCAGAUACAAUUUAUGUAAUAAGAAAUUCAACCAUAUAAUGUCUUCU